ACCAACUUAAUUAGUUUUGAUCAUUUUAGAGCAAAAAUGGGUUAUGUUAAACUUUUAUUUUUUAUGCUAUAUACCUUUCUUUGUCAACUUGCUUUCUCGUCAUCCUUGUGCCCCAAAGAUCAAGCUCUUUCUCUUCUACAAUUCAAGCACAUGUUUACCAUUAAUCCUGAUGCUUCUUAUGAUUGUGAGUUUUCUCAUCCAAAAACUCGUUCAUGGAACAAGAGCACGGAUUGUUGCUCAUGGAAUGGAGUUCAUUGUGACAAGACGACAGGACAAGUGAUUGAGCUUGAUCUCCGUUGCAGCGAACUUCAAGGCAAGUUUCAUUCCAAUAGUAGCCUUUUUAACCUCUUCAAUCUCAAAAGGCUUGAUUUGUCCUAUAAUAAUUUCUCUGGAUCACUCAUUUCACCUAAAUUUGGUGAGUUCUCCAGUUUAACACAUCUUGAUCUAACAGUCACAAGUUUUUCGGGUCAAAUUCCUUCUGAAAUAUCUUAUCUUUCAAAAUUACACGAUCUUCGCAUCUCUAAUGUUUAUCCAUUGGUAGGAUACCUGAAUCAUUUAGCCAUCUAA